UGGGAACGGACAACAGAACUCCACAAGACCACCUGUCAACUUCCGUGUUCUGAAGCCUUCGUUCAGCUUUACAGAAAAUACAGGUACCUUUUCAGUUCUCGGCAUGUCUAUGCAUCUCUAGAUGACGGUUUAUCAGCAGUAGGACAUGACAAAUCUCAAUAACCCGAUGGCCACAACUUUUUCUUCCGAAUUGCUCCCUCAGUUAUUUCCCUAUGUUACACAAGCAAAACUCACUUCAAAUUGUCACAACAUAUUUGUGGUGAGGUGCAGAGGCCACAUACCUAAUGAGAGGAAGUCUAGAAGUCCACAAAAAGUUAUGGUUUCUACAGAAGCUAGAUCAACACAAUUGCAGCCUCAUGAUUCUACUGAGCCCAACUUUUUAAAACUGCUCAGCAGAUCCUGCAAAGCAGGCAAAUACAACGAAGCUCUGUAUUUUCUUGAAUGCAUGGUGAAUAGGGGUCUGAAACCAGAUGUUAUUCUUUGUACGAAGCUCAUUAAAGGACUUUUUAGUUUGAAGAAUGCGGAAAAAGCAGUAAGGGUCAUGCAUAUUCUGGAGCAGUAUGGUGAACCAGAUGUGUUUGUUUAUAAUGCUGUCAUUAGUGGCUUUUGUAAAGUGAACAAGACUAAUUCAGCAAAUGAAGUAUUAAAUAGGAUGAGGGUUAGGGGCUUUUCAGCUGAUGUGGUUACUUACAAUAUAAUGAUAGGGAGCCUGUGCAAUAGAGGGAAGCUAGGACUAGCUCUUAAAGUUUUUGAUCAGUUACUACAAGAUAAUUGUAAGCCUACAGUGGUCACAUACACAAUACUAAUAGAAGCAACUGCCCUUGAAGGCGGCAUUCAUGAAGCGAUGAAGCUUUUGGAUGAGAUGCUGUGCAAAGGUCUUCAACCUGACAUGUAUACUUAUAAUGCGAUCAUCAGGGGAAUGUGUAGAGGAGGACUGAUUGAUCAAGCAUUUCAUUUUGUAAGGAGCUUGCCAGCAAAGGGCUGCAAACCAGAUGUAAUCUCAUACAACGUUUUGUUGAGGGCAUUAUUGACUCAAGGGAAAUGGAAGGAUGGGGAGAAGCUGGUGGCCGAGAUGUUUUCAAGAGAUUGCGAACCCAAUGUGGUUACCUACAGCAUCCUGAUUAGUUGCCUGUGCAGAGAUGGAAAAUUGGACGAGUCACUUAACUUGCUGAGGGUCAUGAAAGACAAGGGUCUAAAUCCUGACACGUACACUUAUGAUCCGUUGAUUUCUGCAUUCUGCAGAGAAGGAAGGAUAGAUUUGGCACUUGAUUUCAUGGAUUAUAUGAUUUGCAAUGGUUGCUUACCUGAUAUAGUGAACUACAACACUAUACUAUCUGCUAUGUGUAAGAAUGGGAAUGCUAAUCAGGCCUUGGAACUAUUUGGAGAUCUUCCACAAAUGGGUUGUCCUCCCGACGUGAGCACUUACAACACCCUAUUGAGUGCAUUAUGGAACAUAGGAGAUAGAGCUAAGGCCUUGAGAUUGCUUUCUGAGAUGAUCGACAAGGGAACUGACCCUGAUGAAAUUACAUUCAAUUCACUUAUAUCAUGUUUCUGCAGAGAUGGAAUGGUGGAUGAAGCUAUCAGCUUGUUAACAGAUAUGGAAAGCAGUGGCUUCCCACCAACAGUAAUUACUUACAAUAUUGUGCUUCUUGGAUUUUGCAAAGCUCACAGGAUAGAUGAUGCAAUUGAAGUGCUAGAGCAAAUGAAUCAAAAGGGCUGCCGCCCAAAUGAAACCACAUACAUUCUACUAAUUGAAGGAAUUGGCUUUGCAGGGUGGCAAGCUGUGGCUAUGGAGACAGCAAACUCUCUUCUGAAAAAGAACGCCAUCACAAAAGAAGCGUUUAAACGUUUGAACAGAAUCUUUCCUAAGCUUGAUGAAUUUAAAGAUCCGUCUCUCGCAAAGAAGUAGAUUGGUGUGAUCUGUUGGUCGCUGGAUUUCGUCUUUGGAAUGCGUCCAUAAAAUUCUUGUAUUGCGUUAAGCUAGAACCUCUAGUUUCUUGUAUGCUUCCUCUCUGCCACGAGGCAAUAAUUGUUAACACCAUUUUUAAGUGCGAGAUAUCUGUCCAAUUACUUUUCCAUGAA